GUUGAGGAUUAGGCUCCUUGCAACCUGUUAACCUAUGAAGGAGUUUCAGCUUUAUUUAAGCUUAAGAUCGGAAACACAUUCGUAAUGGUUUAUUGAUGCCAGCACCAUGUCAGAAGUUUACAACUCCAGAGUUUCUGCUUUCCCGGUGGAAUUGGGAGAUUGGGCUAGUCUUCUGCCAGUGGAUGUCAACGGUCAUCAACUGAUGUGCCAGCUUGGCGUAUUGCAGCAUUGCAGAAUUCCGAUUGCCCACACCCAAAAUCUAUCGGUGGCAAAAUUCCAUGUCGACCAGAGCAUCUUUGAAGAAUUCGUUUCAUGGCUAAGAACUGGUUUUUUGAACAUAACACACGAAAACGUGGAGGGUUUUGCGUACGCAGCAUUCAAAAACAACAUAACUUACCUCCUUCACGUCUGUGAGCAGUAUUACCUGGGGCAGUUGACGGAAACUUCGUGCCUUGAAUUGUGGGUGAUAGGAGGAAACUAUGGAUGCCGCACUUUGGAGAGCGAAGCCCUUAGGCUCGUUCGAGAAAACUUUGAAAACGUCAUAAAAUCGGACUCUUGGCUUUCGUUAGACAUUCACCACGUGAAACUAUUGGUGAAUGACAAGUCUGUAAAUAUUCACUCACCGAAAGCAAAACGGGACGCAGUUUUUCGAUGGAGUCAAUAUGACUGUGGCACCAGAACGGAUGCCUGGGAACUUAUGAACUGCUUGCCUAAUUUCAGUGGCUUAGAUCUGAACAGCAACGGAGAACCAGAGACGAGUUCGUGUUCAUCUUGCUGCAGUGUGCUAUGUGUUGGUGAUACUGGAAGAGGCCUGCGCCUUUUUGAGGCGAAAGUCGAAAACAACCGUACGUUGAGCUUGAACAAGUUAAAUAUGAAGGUCGCGAAAACAAUUGACGCACAAAGCGCUUUUCAGUAUAGUCCAGAGGAGAAGCGCUUAUUUGCUUGCACUGAACACGAGAUAUGGAGCCUGAAACACACGGAGAGUACAAAGUUAGCAAAGCUACCUUUUGAUCGAUCGAAACAUAUGAUCUGCGUCAUUAUGGACGAGGUUUUUGUUCUUGGAGGUUACUGGGAUGUAAAGCGUACUGACUACAUUCACACCUAUAGCAGAAGAAAGCGUAAAUGGUCAACAAGCAGCCUUCGACUAAGCUGGGGCCUUGUGUCGGGUAAAAGCGUCUCUGUGGGCUCUCAAGUGUUUAUGUUUGGAAACCAAAUAAAAGACGAAUAUGGAGAGGUUUAUCAGAAGAAGAUGCUACAACGCCUGGACACGUCACGGCGGCGGAUUUCAGACGUCUUGUCGCCCCCGCCAUUUCCGAAAGACAAUGCCUACGUGGAAACUGCCGUGGCAUCGCCCCACGACUUGAUUUACGUCUUUUCAAGCCAUGGUGACUUACUCGAAUACGACCCUAAGACAGGUUCUUACGGUGCCAUGGCUCCUCUCCCUUGUGCGAGAUCCCGAUUUGGGACUUUGGUGCACGACGAAACUCUGUACGUGUUUGGGGGCCAGGAAAGAGAGGUGCCAACAAGGAAUGGUUCGAUUAAAAGUUACUGCCUGGACCUGAAUCACCCAAAUGCUACCUGGAGAGAGUGUGGCUCCGUGUCCGAGCAAGUGCAGAUUUUGUCUUGAGUGUCUUUACAUUGUGCGAGCAAACAUUAUUUCCGGCAUUAGCGUGACAAAUUAUUUAAACUCAACAUCUUGUAAACAUCAAUACAGACUUCGCUCAUUUAUUUACUUAACCUAUUUAAAUACAAUGUGUAUGUUGUUCAAGAAUUAAGAACAUUACAAUAAAUUAUUUCUUUGUGAAAA